AUGACAGCGAUUGCCGGUGCCAUUCGGGUCCAAGGCCACAAGUUUCUCAAGGCCUUCAUCUGUCGUGCCCGUGAGAGCAAAGCCGCCGCUGAGAUUGAGUACAUGUCUCCCACUUCAGCCGAAGUCGUAUUCCCCGAUGAGUUCCUGAAGGAGAAGAAGGGUGCACAACAUCAAUCAUAUGGCAUACAUACCCUCAAGUGCGCAUCUCAAGAAGGCAUUCUAUACAAGGAAGGUAUGGCUAUUGCGAUGAACUUGAUCUGGGAGUACAAAAUUGGUUAA